AUGGUAGGGAAGAAUUCAUUUAUUUGGUUUCGACCAAAACCAAGGGUGACCCUCACUGAUCCUGAGCUAAUUAAAGAUGUACUUAACAAAAUCUAUGACUUUUCAAAGCCUGAAGCAAAACCGCUCUCAGAUCUUCAUUCUGGCGUAGUGAAAGUUGCAAUGAAAGUUUACAUCCCAGGAUAUAGAUUUCUACCCACUACUAUUCAUAGAAGAAUGAGAGAAAUUGACAGGGACAUAAAAGCUUCACUUAUGGAUAUGAUUCACAAGAGAGAGAAAGCACUAAAGGCAGGUGAAGCUACUAAGGAUGAUUUCUUAGGUAUAUUAUUGGAGUCAAAUCGCAAGGAAAUUAAAGAACACGGAAAUAACAAGAAUGUUGGACUGAAUUUUGAAGAUGUAAUCGAAGAAUGUAAGCUAUUCUACUUUGCAGAAGAAACCACAGCAGUUUUACUUGUUUAGACAAUGGUCUUAUUAAGCAAGUACACUCAUUGGCAAGCACGGGCAAGAGAGGAAGUUUUUCGCGUCUUUGGCAAACAAAAACCAGAUUUUGAUGGGCUAAGUCGCCUUAAGAUCGUUACCAUGAUUUUAUAUGAGGUUCUUAGGUUAUACCCACCAGCAGUUAUACUUAAUCGAUCUGUUUCCAAAGAUGUGAAACUUGGAAACCUAUCAUUACCUGAGGGAGUGCAAGUUUCCUUACCAACAAUGAUAAUUCACCGUGAUUGUGGACUCUGGGGUGAUGAUGCUAAAGAGUUCAAUCCUGAGAGAUUUUAUGAAGGAGUUCUAAAAGCAACAAAUGGAAUGUAA